UAGGCUAUGACAACAACGGUCCUGGUAGCACGUGCUACCGAUGGCUUUCUUCUCUCCUCCAACAAUAAAAACCUUCCAAAAAGCACGCUGAGGAAGUGCCAGUCGCUUCUUCAUAAUCAGAACCAAUUAUUGAGACAAGUGUCUUUGGAGAGUGGAGACUUCGUGUACCAUUUUCAGAAAGGACAAAUAGUAAGCGUCCUCCUGAUAACAGAAUUCGGAUACUCUGGAAUGGAGGCCUUUACUCGAAUAGUUGAGAUAGAGGAGAUGUUCGUGGAGGCUAUGGGCGAGGACAAGAUACGGCGUGCAGCCACAUUGCUAUCCAGCGGAAGUGAUCUACUAAGACGAGCCCUCCUAAAUGAGUUUGAUUCUCAAGGGUGUAUAACAAACGGUGAACUUCCUCCACGUCAAAACAUUUGUACUGUUUUGGAGAAGAUCAAGGGACAACCGUUUGGGUUUUCUAAUAGAGUCCUCAAGAAGAAAAGAAAGAUUAUGCUGGAGUGGAAGGAAAUCUGUUUAUUAGUCCCGCUAACCCUGAUUGCUUUCUUCAAAACUAUCAUCGCUAUAAAAGUUGGGGGUCCUAUUACGGUGAUAUCUAACUUUCUAUCAACUGUAACCUCCUUCUACCUGGUAUUUAUCUGUGUACACGGCUUACUAACCAACAAAAGACUGAUCGUAUCCUCAUUCAUCCUCCUAAUCCUUACUUACGGGACCACCAUGGAGUCCAUAACAUCAGUUGUUUUCAAUGGCAUAUUCGCCUUGUUGACUCUCGCAAAUGUCGCUCAUUAUUAUCUAAAGCCAAUGAGUGAUAAGCCUGAAGUUUGAAUCACUUAACAAAGUCUAACGAGAUUGUUUAUUUUCUCUUUACUGAUGUAUGAAGCUGGUCAACUUUAGGGAUUUCUCUUGAUAAUUAUCCUGACAAUUCUCUCAAAACUCAAAAGGCCUGCUACUUUUUGUAUUCAUCAACGGGCAGCUGAGAUAGCCCGACUGAAUCAAUUCAAAUAAGAGGAACAUAUAAAGAGGUUUAUUUAAUUACUAUAACUAUAAACUUGGGUUUGACGUAUUAUUUGUAUUCUGAUAUUCUGUAUAGAUGUAUUAAGUCUGGACUUUAUUUGCUAUGUUUAUACAAUUUU